AUGAAGGCAACCCCUCUACUAAUCACCUGGCACAAUGAGAGUCAAGCCAUCUACUCUGUCCACUACGACCCGAAUGGCAAGGGCAGAGUAGCUACUGCUGGACUUGACAACAAUGUCAGACUCUGGAGCAUUGAUACCAAUGGGGAGGAUCGGAAGGUUACCUACCUAUCCACCCUGUCGAGACACACACAGUCUGUCAAUGUCGUAAGAUUCUGUCCCAAAGGUGAAACUCUUGCAUCAGCCGGCGAUGACGGAAAUAUCCUCCUCUGGAUUCCAUCCGAUGCCCCUACAGCAGCUCUGGGCGAAGACCAUGCAGAAGACAAGGAGACAUGGCGGAUAAAACACAUGAUCAGAACCACUUCUGGCGCAGAAAUCUACGAUCUCGCCUGGUCGCCAGAUGGCAUGUAUUUUAUGACCGGAGGUAUGGACAAUACUGCUCGGAUAUUCAAUGCCCACUCAGGUGCAAUGAUCAGACAGAUUGCUGAGCACAACCACUACAUUCAAGGUGUGGCAUGGGAUCCCCUGAAUGAAUUCAUUGCUACACAAUCCUCAGACCGAUCGGUCCACAUCUACGCCCUCAAGCUCAAAGAUGGCACGUGCACACUUUCAACGCACGGCAAGUUCAACAAGAUGGACCUCCCCGGUCGCCGAAUUUCGUCCAACAGCCCGGCUCCGGAUCAUCACCACAGGCCAUCAAAUGCAAGUGGAAGUGGAAGUGGCGCACCGAUUGCAUCGCCUGCCCCAUCCAAUCCUGGCACACCUUUGACUACGCCUCUACCGAUGGAUCCUCCUCCGGCUAUGACCCAGAGUCGUCGUUCAUCUUUUGGCUCCUCACCUUCCUUCCGAAGAUCAGCAUCUCCGGCGCCAUCUUUGCCUUUACCCGCUGUUCGGCCAGAAAUCUCGUCACCCAGUCUGAAUGCAGCAAUGGGCCUGGCGGUCCGCAAUACCAACAUCUACCACAACGAAACACUCACGUCCUUCUUCAGAAGACUGACCUUCACUCCUGAUGGUAGUCUACUGUUCACUCCAGCUGGCCAAUACAAAACGUCUCAGCCAAUCCCGACAGAGCCGUCAAAAUCCAUGGAUGAGAUUCAGAAUACUGUCUACAUUUAUACUCGUGCUGGAUUCAACAAGCCGCCAGUCGCACAUCUGCCCGGCCACAAAAAGCCUUCUAUCGCGGUGAAGUGCUCACCCAUCUUUUACACCCUUCGGCAGGCCUCGAAGCCUACGAAUCACAUUACAAUCGACACGGCAUCUGCUGGGGAAGAGAUUCCGCUAUUACCAGAAUCUGUGGUUGCUCCAACGAGCUCAACGUUCAUGGAGCCACCGCCCUUGGCUCAUUCCACCUCACUAGGUGAUACGAGUCGUCCUACUUCUUCGCCAAAACCAACCGAUAGCGAAGCCGCACCAGCCCCAGCCCCGGCAUUCGCUUUGCCAUAUCGUAUGGUCUAUGCGGUUGCGACACAAGAUGCAGUAUUCGUCUACGAUACGCAACAGACGAUCCCGCUGUGCGUAGUCAGCAACUUGCAUUUCGCGACCUUCUCCGAUUUGUCCUGGUCGAACGAUGGCCUAACUUUGUUGAUGUCGUCCUCGGAUGGAUUUUGCUCGACUCUGUCAUUCGCGCCCGGCGAACUCGGCCAGGUCUACACGGGCCAGGUCCCGACGCAUCAGCAGCCUGUCGUGUCAACUGCAAUUUCACUACCAACUUCAUCAGCCAACUCAACCCCUGUACCAACACCCACAGCCACAGCGUCGCCUUCACUGACGAAGGCCUCUCCCGUUGUCCCACCUAUAUCACAUCCCUCUCCGGCACCUACGUUCACUAUGCGACCAGGCAGUCCUACAAGGUCUAAUUCACAGUCAUCGAUUGCUACGAUGACUUCAAUCCAAACGUCGGGACCUCAACCAAUUACCAACAACCCAACACCCACACUUGGUCACGUACCUCUAGCUACGGCAAUGAACUCGGCGCCGCCCGUUGUAGCGCCGCCGAUGAGCACACCACCACAGACACCCGCCAGCACUCAUGGUGGUAUGCAUAGCGCCACAUCAUCAGUCUCUGGUAGUGUACUUGGUAAGCGUGACUCUGUCGCAGUCAACAGUGAAUCUGAGAAAGAAGAUGGGGGAGACAAGCCCAAAAAGCGGCGGAUAGCACCGACACCCGUGCCUCCACCGUCAGCGGCAGAGCAGAAGGAGGAGUAG